AUGCGUUUCGGCGGUGCGGCCGGUCCAACGAUUCGUUAUUCUGUGGAGGAGAACGCCGACACGGAGAAGCAAAACCAACAGAACUUCAACAGUGCUGAGUAUAACAAAGAGGACAGCAGCGAUGCCAACUCCGAGGAGUUCCAGGCCGGCGUUGAGCGCGUGAGAGCAAUCACAGCCAUCUGGACCAAGAAAACUCUCUUCAGCAUGUUCUGCCUGCUUUACCUCAUUGACUUUGUCGAGUUCCUGCAGAACUCGGUCGAUACCGCCCUCAAUCCCUACAUCACUUCGUCCUUCAGUUCGCACGGCCUGCUCACCGUCUCGAAUGUUAUGGCGACUGCCCUCAGUGGUUGCAUUCCCUUGGCCACGGCGAAGAUUGUCGACAUCUGGGGUCGUGUUGAGGGCUUCAUGGCCAUGCUUCUCAUUGUUCUCGUUGGCAUGAUCAUGAAAGCUGUUUGCCGAAACGUGGAGACGUAUUUUGCCGCACACGUCUUGUACUGGGCUGGUCAUAUAGGUCUUUUAUAUGUCACUAGCGUCAUGUGCUCCGACCUGACCACCCUCAAGAACCGCAUGAUCAUCAUCACCAUCAACAGCACCCCUCGUAUCGCCGCUACAUUCGCUGGUCCAGCCAUUGGCGAGCUUUUCUAUACCCAGUCCAAUUUCCGAUGGGCGUUUGGUGCUUUUGCCAUCAUCCUCUUCGGUUGCAGUAUGCCGGCCAUGGGCUUGAUGUUCGUCAUGUACCGCAAGGCUCUGAAGGCCGGCCUCCGGAGAAAGCAGCGAUCGGAUCGCAACAUAUUCCAGUCCCUUUGGUACUACUUUGUUCAGUUUGACGUGGUUGGUAUGCUUUUGCUCAUGUUCGGCUUCUGCCUUUUCAUGCUGCCGUUUACGCUUGUCUCCUACGCACCGAACGGAUGGAAUACUGGUUAUAUCAUUGCCAUGAUCGUGAUUGGCGUCCUACUCUUCCCCGCCUUCUUUGUAUGGGAGAAGUUCUUCGCGCCUGUUCAGUUCAUGCCGUGGAUAUACUUGAAGGACAGAACCAUUGUUGGAUCAUGCCUGCUCUACGGCGUCAUGUUCAUCUCGGUUUUCACCUGGAACGGUUUCUACUACUCGUACCUGUUGGUCGUACACAGGCAAAGUAUCACACACGCCGGUUACAUCCUCAACUCGUUUUCCCUGGCCUCGUCUCUCUUCAGCCCUUUCGUCGCAUGGAUCAUCAGUUAUACCGGUAACUUCAAGUGGACCUGUUACACCGGCGUGCCAAUCAUGCUUCUCGGCACGGCGCUGUUGAUUCCCUUUCGCCAACCCUCCACCAACCCUGGCGUCCUGGCUCUCACACAGGUCCUCGUCGGUCUUGGUACUGGCAUCUUCGCUACGUGUGCUCAACUCGCGGUGAUGGUUCCAGUUACCCAUCAACAAGUCGCGAGUGCAUUGGCUUUCUGGGGUCUUUUCGGCAGCUUUGGUUCCUCCAUCGGGUACUCUAUCGCUGGUGCCAUCUGGAACAAUGUAAUGCCCGCGCAGCUAUACAACCGCCUUCCCGAGGAAAGCAAGUCCAGGGCCGCUGAGAUCUUCAGUGACAUAGUCAUUCAGUCGUCUUUUCUUGAUGGGACUCCGGAGCGAGAUGCUAUUGUAGGUGCUUAUGCUCAUGCCCAGCGUCUAAUGGUCAUUACUGGCUCGUGCUUCGUCCCCCUGUGUUUCGCUUCCAUCCUCAUCUGGAAGAAUAUCAACAUUAAGAAGCUGGAAGAAGAGAAGGGUAGGCAGACUAGAGGCACCGUCUUUUGA